UGACAAAUUCUAUUGGGACGGCGACAUUCUCUUGUGGCCAUGAAAAGCUCAAUUACAAAUUCACAAUUAGAGAAACAACCACUCUGAUCUGAUCAUGGAAAAAUCAUCAUGUAUUCAUUUCUGUUUCAUUUCAUGUUUAGUUUUAUUCAUUGUUGUAGGUUCAUGGUACCGUUCUACCAAUUCAUCAUUGCCUAAUUCCACACUGCAAACUCCAUGGUCCACCUCCAAGAACCGGAUUUUCUCAAACUCCAAGGCCAGCUCAGUGUUGGAGACACAAGCUCAAACUUCGAUAGACCACUCAGCUGAGGCCCCUCAUCAUCCACUGGACCCUCUUACUGUGCAGGAAAUCAACAAGGUCCGGACCAUCCUCUCAUCUUAUGAACCCUUUUCAUUUACCUUCCCUACUAUUCACACUGUACAGCUCGAUGAACCAGACAAGGUCAAGGUUCUGAAGUGGAGCAAAGGUGACGCACUUCUUCCAAGAAAAGCACAAGUUUUGGCUCUGUUGAAUGGCCAGUCCCAUGUGCUUACCGUGGACUUGGAUUCUAGCAGUAUCACUAGCCAUGCCAUCAAUUCAAGCUCAGGCUAUCCGAUGCUAUCUGUGGAUGAUAUUUUGGCAGCGUCUAAAGUGCCGUUCUCUAAUGCGGAGUUCAACAAAUCCAUUGCCGCCCGAGGGGUCCCAUCAUCAGAUUUGAUAUGCUUACCACCUUCGGCAGGCUGGUUUGGGCCAAAUGAAGAAGGCAAAAGAGUUGUAAAGGUCCUGUGUUACUCUAAAGAAAGCACACCCAAUUUCUACAUGAGGCCCAUUGAAGGGCUCGUCAUGACGGUGGACUUGGAUACAUUGGAGGUGCUGAAAUUCUCUGAUACGGGCCGAGAAAUCCCCAUUCCAAAAAGUACCGAUACAGAUUACAGGUACACAGCUCAAACGAAGGAACCACAAAUGGAACGAUUGAACCCAAUUUCCAUAGAACAACCAAAAGGACCAAGUUUUAGAGUUGAAGAUGGGCAUAUAGUGAAGUGGGCCAACUGGGUGUUUCACCUCAAGGCUGACCACCGCGCUGGUUUGGUGAUUUCAAGAGUCAUGGUACGGGACUCGGAGAAUGGUGAGCUGAGGGAUGUGAUGUACAAAGGGUUCGCUUCAGAAUUUUUUGUACCAUACAUGGACCUUGAUGAGUCCUGGUAUUUUAAGUCGUAUAUGGAUGCUGGUGAGUAUGGUUUAGGGAUGUCAGCCCUUCCACUUGUGCCACUAAAUGAUUGUCCAAGGCACUCUUAUUACAUGAACGGCAUUUUUGCUACUCCCGAUGGAAACCCAUUUGUUCAACCCAACAUGAUUUGCCUGUUUGAGCGCUAUGCCGGCGACAUCAGUUGGCGACAUUCAGAGGGCCUACUCACUGAUUUCCAGAUUAGGGAGGCAAGACCAAAAGUAACUCUCGUUGCUCGUAUGGCAGCAUCAGUGGGAAACUACGAUUACAUCUUUGAUUGGGAGUUUCAAACAGAUGGUUUAAUAAAUGUUAAGGUAGGGCUUUCAGGAAUGCUAAUGGUGAAAGGCAGUCCUUACCAUCAAGCGCCUAACCAAGAUGCCAUGUCGGGUCCUCUCAUUUCCGAGAAUCUUAUCGGAGUAGUUCACGAUCACUUUGUUACCUUUCACCUCGACAUGGAUAUCGAUGGGGCGAACAAUUCGUUUGUUAAUGUUAAUCUUGUUAAGGAACGGAGUUUACCAGGGGAAUCCCCUAGGAAGAGCUACUUGAAAGCUAAGAGAAAAAUAGCUAAGACUGAAAAAGAUGCACAAAUUAAGCUUAAAUUGUAUGAUCCCUCAGAGUUUCAUAUGAUUAAUCCUUCUAAAAAGUCUAGGCUAGGAAAUCCAACAGGAUACAAGAUUGUUCCUGGAGGAACUGCAGCUAGUUUGCUUGAUCAUGAUGAUCCUCCACAACUAAGAAGCGCCUUCACCAACAACCAGAUAUGGGUGACUCCUUAUAACAGGAGUGAACAAUGGGCUGGUGGGCUUCUAACUUAUCAAAGUAGGGGAGAUGACACUCUUGCUGUGUGGUCUGAAAGGGAUCGUUCUAUUGAAAAUAAGGAUAUCGUGUUGUGGUACACAUUGGGAUUCCAUCACAUUCCAUGCCAAGAAGAUUUCCCUGUAAUGCCAACAGUGACAUCAGGGUUUGAGCUAAAGCCUGUCAAUUUCUUCGAAAGCAAUCCAAUUCUUCGAGCUGCCCCAGCUUUUGAGAAAGACUUACCUGUUUGCAGGUCUAGUGCUUCCUCUUGAAAUCUUGAUUACCACUUGAAAAUCCCUUUCUCUCUAACCAUAUCAUCCUAGUUCAUGCCUGGAGGAGGAUACUUGUGGGUGUUAAAGAACAAAGAAAGAAAGCAAAACAGAGAAUUAGCAGUA